CAUGACGUUUUCCAUGGCUGGAUUUCUAUUCCCUUCUGCUCCAUCUUCUCGACAGUAAUUAUAGGGAACCUUAUCAUCCUCCGUGUCAUUCUCACUGAUGCUACCCUCCAUGAGCACAUGUACUAUUUCUUGGCUAUGCUGGCCCUCACAGACUUGGGCCUUUGCCUUUCCACACUGCCCACAGUCCUAGGCAUCUUUUGGUUUGAUGCACAAGAGAUUGGCAUCCCUGCCUGCUACACUCAGCUCUUCUUCAUCCAUACCUUGUCUCUACUGGAAUCUUCAGUUCUGUCCAUGUCCAUUGACCACUAUGUGGCCAUCUGCAAUCUGCUGCAUUACUCUACCAUCCUGACACCUGCAUGCCUUGUGAAGACGGGACAGCUUAGAAGUGCCCUCCUCAUCCUCCCCCUGCCAUUCCUCCUUAAACACUUUCAGUACUGCCGCUCCCAUGUGCUGGCCCUUGCCUACUGUCUGCACCUGGAGAUCAUGAAGCUGGCCUGCUCUAGCAUCAUUGUCAACCACAUCUAUGGGCUCUUUGUAGUAACCUGCACUGUGGGUAUGGACUCCCUCCUCAUCUUCCUCUCCUAUGUCCUUAUCCUAUGCACUGUACUGAGCAUUGCCUCCCUCCAGGAGCGACUUCUGGCCUUCAAUAACUGUGUUUCCCACAUCUGUGCUGUGCUACUCUUCUACAUCCCCAUGAUUGGCUUGUCUCUUGUGCACUGCUUUGGUGAACAUCUGCCCCGCAUUGUACACCUCCUCAUGUCUUACGUGUGUCUUCUGGUACCACCCCUCAUGAACCCCAUCGUCUACAGCAUCAAGACCAAGCAGAUCCGACAAUGCAUUGUUAAAAAGUUUGAACUUGUAAAGACACUUAGGGGUUUUCAGCAGAAGUAGGUUAGGAUAAAGAGUGCAUGUUUGGUCAUAAAGCCCUUAGAAUUUUAGUUUCAGCUACGCUAUAGCAAAAACAACUAACUCCAUUAUCAACAAAAAAGGAAUUACCUGUGUGAUAUACUGAC